AUGUGGCUCCUACAGGUGACUCUUUUGCACAUGCUCAGUGGCUAUAUCCUCCCUCGCUCCCACAGCGGCUGGUGCCAACCGGGCUGCGACUGCCGGGGCGAGCUCAAGUUCACCAUCUGCUCCCGCGCCAUGUUCACCGCCCUGCCCUCGCGAGUCCCGCCCACCACCGAGCUCCUGGACCUGUCUCACAACCUCAUCUCCACCAUCCCCGAGCACGCGCUGUCUCACAACCGCAAACUCCGCAUCCUCCUGCUCCAGCACAACAACAUCAGCCUGGUGGAGGACGGCUCCUUCUCGCAGCUCGAAUUCCUACAGAAGUUGGACCUGAGCUGGAACCGCAUCCGCAGCCUGAGUGAGGGCUUCUCCCUGGGGCUGACGUUCCUCCGAGAGCUCCAACUCGCCCACAACCUCCUGACCAGCCUGGACAGCCGGAGCUUCGCACACUUAGACGGGCUACAGAGGCUCAAUCUGACGGGGAACUUCAUCCACCUGAUCCGGAUGAGGUCUUUUGCCUCCAUGAGCUCCCUGAGGCACCUCCAUCUCGCAGGCAACCAGCUGACGGACCUCAAGAGCGGAAUCUUCUCCAUGUUGCGUUCCCUGGAAGUUCUCAACUUGGAACGUAACUACAUCAGCGAGACGGACGUUGGUGUCUUCAAACCUCUGACCAGUAUGACGUUGCUCAACCUCGCCAACAACCAAAUGUCCACCGUUUACUUCAAGACCUUCCUGAGCAUCCACACCUACAGCACCCACAUCCUGAUGGAGGGGAAUCCGUGGAACUGUGAUUGCGAUCUCCAGAGAGUUUUCCGGAAACUGCGCACCAUUCAGAGGCUUUUCCUGGACGACUACAUCAACCUGACGUGCAGAGAGCCAGAAGUUCUGGAGGGGUACCGGCUCAUGGAGGUGGAUGCAGAGCUGUGCAUUGCCGAGACGGUCACGGUGCUCAUCAUCACCGUUACUGUGGUGAUCACCGUGCUCGCCGCCAUGCUCAUGGGAGAGAGGAAGAGGAAGAAGAAGAAGAAGGGCAAGCACUGGACCCAGCAGGGGGAGCUGUCGGACGAGUCGGAUUAUUAA